UAGGUCAAUAUCAGCGUAUUUCCGUCUCUCUCUACAUUAUCAACAUGGCAGUCACCAAGAAAACUAAACUAUCCAGAGAAGAAGAACUUUUACUUCAAGAUUUCAGCAGAAACGUAUCGACAAAAUCAUCAGCUUUAUUUUAUGGAAAUGCUUUGAUAGUUUCUGCAAUACCAAUAUGGCUUUUUUGGAGAAUUCACCAAAUGGAUUUAUGGCAGUCUGCAUUUUUAUUUGUUAUAUUCUCUCUAGUUAGCACAUAUUUGGUGGCUUACGCAUAUAAAAAUGUGAAAUUUGUAUUAAAACAUUAUAUUGCCCAGAAACGAGAGGAGGGUAUUACAAAAGAAAUGAUGAGCAAAUUAUCAGAAGAUAAAGAAAUGACAAAAAAAGAAAAAGAUGAGAGAGUGUUAUGGAAGAAGAAUGAAGUUGCUGAUUAUGAAGCCACAACAUUCUCUAUUUUCUACAACAAUGCCCUGUAUUUGGUUCUCCUUAUAGUUUUCUCAUUUUAUAUUCUUAAGAAUAUGAAUCCAUCAGUGUAUCCUUUUACAGUAUAUCAACUAUUAAACAGUAUUAUCACAAAUAGUCAAAGUUGGACAAUAUCAGCUCAGAAAUAA